AUAGCUAUGGUUCCCUCUCAAUAAAAAGGCCUUUAAUUUUGGACCUCCUUUUUUUUCUUCUCUUUUUCUUUAUUUCUCUCUUCCUCUUUUUCUUUCUUUUUUUCCUUUUUCUCAUUUUUGUUUUUCUUUAUAUCCUAAAAGAUAAUCGUUUUCUUUUUUGAUUUCAUUAAAAUCCGGUACCUGAAUUCUUGCAAAAAAUAAAGCAAAAAAGAAAAGCUAGAAAAGGGAAUAUACGCAAGCAAGCACUCACACACGCACACACUCACACUUACGCUUGUAUCCGUUAAAAAAAUUAUUUGUUGAUACACACGCAUUUAUAGAAAUUACCAUAAACAGUAGAACAACUAGGAGAAGAACUUUUUUGCAAUCUCGUCUUCUUUGAAAUGUCAAACCACAAGAAUAUUCGAACUUCUUCUGACCCAAGCAGUCCUAUUCCCACACAAAACCAUAGUCCUGAUAAGCCUUAUUAUUCAUUGGACGCAUUUUAUGCUACAUUAUUAUCCAGAACUUUUAAAUCCAACACGGAAGCCAUUAUUUUCUGUAGAGAUUUAUGCUCCAAUCAUGGAUUUACAGUAAAGCAAGAACAAAGUACUCAUAAGAACAUCUAUGUUUAUUGUUCCCGCGAAGGCUUACCUGACUCUCAUCGAAACCCCAAAGUUAAUCCACAAAGAAACAGACAGUCUCAAAGAUGUGAGUGUCGCUGGCGUAUUGUGUUGUUUGAGAACAAUAAAGAAACUUGGGAGUUUAGAAAGUCGCAAAAUGCAGAUGCUUAUAUUCACAACCAUCCACUACUUAAGCCAGAAGAGAUCAAGAAGGAAUGGCCUCGUGAAGUAUCUGAAAAGAUCUUUGAACUAGCAAGACAACGUCUACCUACAAACGAGAUCAGACAACAAGUACGCGAACAAUACCCCGAUAUCUCUUGGGAUGACCGUAGAUUCUAUAAUCGCUUGUCUGAGGAGCGCCAAAAGAUGAAGCAACGCGAUACUGCCAUGAGAACAAUUCGUCUUGUCAAUCUAAGUGCGCAAAUCUGCAUGGUCAAUGCUGGAAGCGAAGACCUCUCUCAUUAUGUUGAAAGUAAACUGGUAGCUUUAUUAGAAGAUACAUGCAAAUUUGCCAAUGUCGACAGCAGCGCCUUUCCUAUGCCUAUCCCAUUACCUUUUACAAACUCACCAACAUCAGGUGGGGAUCCAGUAACACCUUCCUCUAUAAAUUCAGCUUUCUCUGUUUCGCAUGAAGACAUUGAUAACCAUCUGAAAAAAGCAUCCAAUAUGCUCAAGAAUGAAAAUCAAAAACGUGAUCAAGACAGUAGCUCUGCAAACAGUCCAAGAGAAGAUAAUGAUUCAAGAAAACCAUCCUUUAGUCACAGAAAGUCAUUUGAGACAUUACCGAAGGGCUUUUUGGCUGUGCCAAUACCAGAACAUACUUUCCAUGUCAAGAUGUAUAGCCAAAAUUCGGUUGGGGAUAUUCGACGCGCUAUUUUUGAUAUGCAAAGACCUACUAUGAAUGCAGCCACGGCUAAUCCAAACAAUCAAUAUGCUUUACAACCGCCUCGUAGAAGACGGUCAAGAGCUAUGUUUUCUCAUGAUGAGGAUCCUGAGACAAUGGACCUUGAUACACCAGCAAGAAAACUAUCUCGUCAAGUUGCUUCUUCACUUAUGGAUGAUGAAUUGGAUGAUAUAUCAACAAACUCUUCGCCUUCAAACUCUCAAACGAUGCUUUUUAGCACCACCACAACAAACACGCCAGGCACGCAUGAUAUGAACCAUCUUGACCACCACCAUCAUCAACAGCACCUGAUGUCCAACCCUUAUUCUCGAAUCCCUACUUCCUCAGCCUCUGCAGCAGAUAACUUAUUCUAUGGUAACUCGAACGAAAACAGCAACAGAAACCUAGCUACUGAAAAUAACAAUUAUAUACACCAAUCUUCAUUCUCAACUCAAGCAGACAACAUAUACCCUUCUGCGAAUUUAGACACAAAUGCCCAGGCUAGACAACAAUUACCACAACAUAUGAUGUAUGAUCCUACAUCAUUUGUCCAGCAGUCGCAGCAACAACAAUCGCAACAACAACAAUCGCAACAGCAACAACAACAACAACAACAACAACAACAACAACAACAACAACAACAACAACAACAACAACAACAACAAGAUAUGGGCUUGAUGAGUUCGCCUUCUACUCCUCAACAUGUUCAGCAUGAAAGACCACAUUCCAUGACUUUUGGUGCUGCUCUUCCUAUAAGAGGCCAACCUGUAUCUAUUUCAAGAAUAUCUAGCAUAGAAAACCAACCCAUGAUGCGCCCAUUAGGAUAUCCUCCAACAUUCACUCAAUUACACAAUAUCAUAGAUGAUAAUGAAGUAGGAAAGCAAAGGUAUUAUCCUUAUAGAGAUCCACUUCAACAGCCUGCAAGUCCCCUUCCUCCUAGACCUUCGUCAGCAGCAGCAGCUAUCUCGACAUCUUCCUCAUCAUCUUCACAAAUCAUGCAGCAAUAUUUACCACCUCAUCAGCAGACAGGAGCUGAAGUAUUUGCUUCUUACCAGCUUAAUCCCUCUCAGCCCUCUCCUCCUCCUACACAGAACCUAUUCUCAGGGACUUUUAUGGCGACAAAUGAGCAAGCAUUGAAACAACAAAAGCCAAACCAACCAUAUAAUUUAGGUUAUGCUUCACAAACAAAUCAAGAGCAACACAUGUAUCGUAGAGCUAGUGGUCCAAACUAAAUCAUCCUUUUUGUAGGAUAACCAAUAAAACAACAACCUUCCCUCCUCCUCCUCUUCCCCAACUUUUUUCUUUACUAAUAUUUCCAUGUAUCUAGUCACAUUUUUAAACUUUCCUUUUGUACCUUGUGGAUUUAUUCUUUCUCCAAAAAUUAUUACUAUACAUUACUUUCUCCCCCCUUUUUUGAAUAUAUACUUAUGCUUGAUAUGCAUACUUGGUAUAUUUAUAUCAACUUUUUUUUAAUCCAAGGAAAUUUUUUUCAUAACCCCUAAUAACCCCAGUAUAAGCGCCGACUGAUGAAGAAACUUGUAGAUCAAUUAAUGCUUUUUUCUUAAUUCAUAAAUCUAAUAAAACAUGAAACGAAU